UCUAGCUUCAAUUGACUCAUGAUCUUAACCAUUGAAAUUACUAUAAUAUCUAAAAAAAACCCAACUAAUAUUAAUUAACAUAUGCUCACUAGUGACUGACGUCAAGAGGCAUUUCCUGGAGUUAUAGUGAGAAGAAGUGACCAGUGGAGUUCAACCAGGUCUGUUGUGGAAUAUCAACUCACUGUAGACAAUGAUGUAUGUUGGCGCAUUUUCAUGGAUUGGUUGAAGUUAAACAUUAACACCGUUGGAUGCCGGCCAGCUCAGUGGUCUAGUGGUUAAGUGCUCGCGCGCGAAACCGGCAGGUUCUGGAUUCGAGUCUCGCAUGGGGCGAGGUCGACGAUUCCCACAACAUAACGAAAAGGCCGUCCAGUGCUUCCAGGUUUCCCAUGGUGGUCUAGCUUCAAUUAACUCACGAUCUUAACCAUUGAUAUGUAUUCAAUUGUUAGAUUGAGGUCUGCCUAUUCAGGCUUCUCUUUUGUAGUUAUCUAAUCUAAUUCAAUACAAUAUUAAACUGAUCUUGUUUGAUAAAAUAUUUAAAAGUAUUUUAAUCAAUGAAAACUUGCAUUUGGAUUGUAUUAUUAAUUACUGUUAAGUAUAAUCAAGUGUUGAAAACGUAACAUGGUGUAUUAUUGUACUACAUUAGAGAUUAUGAUUAGUUAAAUAACCAAGUAGAAAUUGACAUAACUAUUUCAUUCUAACCUAAGUCACUACAAUUAGAAGUGAUAUUUCAUCCAUUCCGAAAGUUCUGUUAGUCUCAUCUGAGCUCAGAUUAUAAAGAAACCUCUGCUAUAUAGUUUUAAAAUGAAAGUGAAUUAUUUUUUAAAGUGUUCAGUCUAUUUCAGUUCUUUUUCUGUAAGUAAUUCUCAUACUUUAUUAAUAAAUAAUUUCAGAUAGGGUUUUGUGGAUAUUAUAGUGAUUUCAAUAGUUGAGAUCAUGAGUCAAUGGAAGCUAGACCACCAUGGAAAACCUGGAAGCGCUAGAAAGACGUUUCUUCCCAUUGUGGGACCCCUCGGCAGUGUGCAUCCACGAUCCUGCCUCGCGAGAUUCGAACCCAGGACAUAUCAGUCUUGCGCGCAAGCGCAAGUGCUUCCACAUUUUCCAUUAUGGUCUAGCUUCAAUUGACUCAUGAUCUCAACUAUUGAAAUUAAUAAAUAAUUGUUAUUAUAAAGAAUGAUGAAGAUGGGUUACAUUAUCUGCACUUUUGGAAUUAUCUAAUACUCUCAAUUAAAUAGUUUAGUUGUAGUAAUCUGAUUGUUAUUUUAGACAAUAAUAUAAUUAACUAUUACUUUAUGUUUAAUGUAUCUAUUUAGACAAAUGACAAAUAACAAUUCAUAUACCAAUACAGAAUACUCUACAUGGAAUCCAGUAAUCCAUAUUGAUAAAUAUCGUAUUAUUGAUGAUCAACAAAUUCCAGAUUAUGAAAAUAUAUUCAUGGCAGCUUAUUUAAUUGGACAAGAAAAGUAUUCCGAUAAAUUAUCAUCUCAAUCAAAUUAUGGAUUAUUAGAUACUACUAAUGAUAAUAGUAGUAAUAAUAAGGAUUCCUCUAAUGUGGAUACACUAAUUGGACAAUUUCAAUCCAAGUCUAAUAAUACUAAUGCCAAUAAUAAUAAUAAUAAUAGUGAUCAUCUUCAACUAAACAAUAAUAGUCAUUUGACCUUAGAAACUAUUUGGGAACGAUAUUUAUUACUUAAUAAUAUCCGUAAACGUUUAUUAUAUAAAAAACAAAAUAUGAUCAAUCAAGAUAAUAAUUUCAAUGAAUCAAAAUUAAUUUUAUAUCCAACAAAUAAAAUCAAUAAUAAUGAUCAUAAUAAUGAAACAUGGAAAAUUGAUUCAUUAAAGAAAUCUAAACAAUCAGAACUGAUAUUUAAUGAAAUAUCAUUGGAUAGAUAUACACAGAAAUGUGUUGAAGGGUUACAACGUAUUAAUUUAAAAUGUGAAAAACUUGAAUAUAUGAUGAAAUCAAUGAAAGAUACUCUUACCUUACAAAUGAAUGCUUAUCAGAACCAUAAAAAAAAACUUGACAAUGAAAUUAUGAAAAAGUGUAAAAAUUUUCCAGUGAAGGAGUUUAGAGAUAUUUCAAAAGAAAAUACAUUAUCUUUGGAUAUAGCAAAGCAAUUCACAAAUUCAUUGAAAACAAUCAUGGGACGUAAACGAUAUUUUCAAAUUAUUAAAACUUCUCAUUUGGAGAAUCUUUACAACCAAAUGAAUGUAAGCCAAUGUUUAGCUCAAACUACUUUCAAACAAUGGAAAAAGCUUAAAGAAGAAAAACAUAAAAUACAACUACACUCAGAAUGUAUUCGUUUAAAUAAGCCUAAUAAAAUGCAUCAUAACUUAUGGAAAUAUGAUAUACCUGAUAUAUUGAAGAGGAUUGAACUUGACGUAAAUGACUUUGAGAAUGCUAUGAAAAAUAUUGAUAAAAGAUUAAAAAUUGAUAGUGGAAAUUUCAAAAUAACAGAUCGGGUUAUUUAAUAUCAAAACACUACUUAUAUUGAAGACGUCUGAUGUAAAUCAUCUAUCGGUUGGACAUAAACAUAAAGUAUGAGUUAUUUGUAUCACAAAGAGUUUUGUGAAUAUUAUAGAAAUUUUAAUAAUUAAGAUGAUGAGUCAAUUGAAGCUAGACCACCAUGGAAAACCUAGAAGCACUGGACAGCCGUUUCGUCCUAUUGUGGGACUCCUCGUCAGUGCACAUCCACGAUCCCACCCACCCGACGCGAGACUCGAACCCAGGACCCAUCAGUCACACGCGCGAUCGCUUAACCUCUAGACCACUGAGCCGGCGUCCAAAAGUGUUAUUGUCUAACUUCAACCAACCACGAAAUUUGGCGACACAUCCACAAUGGUCUUAAGUGAGCUGAUAUCUCACAACAGUUAUUUUUUGAAUAGUUUUCGCUUGUGAAUUAUUAGAGAAAUGGAAACGUAUCCACUGUAUUAUCUACAAUUAUGACUGGAAUAAUUGAUAGAACCUUAUACUCUUAAUAUGAAGAUCAAAAGUUAUAAGUUUAGAUCAAGAAACUAUAACUGUAUUACGAUAUGAACUUAAUUUUCAUCCCAUGUUGACAUAUCAACUAGAGGACUAUUGAACUUAUCACAGAGCAGUAAGUAGUUAUUUUUUAUGGACUUCUCAAGAGUGUAUACUAAUGACUUUCAUUCAUUGAGUGUUUAGAAUUAUCAUGAUGUUUGAGGAAGCUAAAUGUUCGAUGUUCUUUUAUGUGUGAGUUUGCGGAUAUACACAGUUGAGUAAUCUUAAACUUGAAUAGUAAAUUACUCAGAAGUUUAUCCUAGUUCGUGACUGAAACCGUCUUCAUUCUAGAAGAAUGAUUUGGCAUAUUUAGAAUGUGGUUAGUAGAAUGAUCCAAAACGUUCGUUUCUUUCUAGUUAAAAUUCACCAGUUAGAUAAACAUGCUUCCUAAAGUUAAUAAUUACACUAAAAUUCACAUAUUGAUACCAUAUUCCAAAUGUCUAGAAACUUUAAACUUAAGACAAUAUCAAAACACCCUCUCACAAAGUUUAUAUCCUUAAUUAGAUGGAUCAUAUGCAUUCUUGAAUAUUACAAUCAAUUAUGAAAGUGUUUGUUGAAAAGUGCCUAUUAUAAAUGUAUCUAGAUUUACUUUUAUCAAAUACUACCACACUUGGUAUUGUUUGGCUUGUAUCUUCCUAUUGAAGUUUAAGACUGCAAUUGAUCAAUCUGUUAUUGGCAUAUGUGCAUACUGUGCGUAUGCCUCGAUAUUGUCUUAAUUCACAUGCUUUUUGUAAGCAAUGAUGGAUAGUGGCUAGCAGUGGAAUGCCGGACGCGCGUUUCGUUCCCGAAUAGGACGAAACGCACGUCCUGGAUUCCACCGCAAGCCACUAUCCAUCAUUGCUUACAAAUACUACCACAGUUUGAUAAACGAAUAGUUCAAAUCAAUAAAAGAAAUAAUAAUUUGUGUAACUAACCAAAAAGUUUCCAUUUACUGAAACAUCUCUUCUGAUCUUAUUCACUCUUUAAGUUCAAUGAUUUCACUGUUUGAAUCUAAAUGUUUUGAACGAAAAUCGUUCAAUUUACAAUAUGUAAAUCCAUUUGAAUUGUGAAUCUUUUCAAUCAUUUUAACAAUAACUUAUUGAUAUUCUAUUCAGAUUUUAGAAAUAUUUACCGGUUGGUAUUUAGAUAUCAAUUUAUUUAUUGUAUUGGCUGCUUUAGCUGAAAGAUUUGACAGUUUAGAAUCCAUUCUUGACAAUAAUGUGCAUAAAAUUGGUACACAGUCAUUGUGUUUGAAAAUAAGGAAAGCAAGAGAAUUAUUCAUAUUAAUCGGUGGAUUAGACAGAAAACGAUAUUUUCAACUAUCUUAUAUUUUUCAACCAAUUAUCAAACUAAAUAGUGGUAAAGUAACCAAUGAUACAACCAUAAUUAAUAGGGAUCUAUCUUCAAUGGAUUCUUAUCAUAAACCAUUCGGACAUAUUGAAAUGAAAGAUUUAAUGGUCUUCUUUCAUGCUGCUAAUCUAUCGCAAAUUCAUGUACAACAAUUAAUUACAUAUUUAGAUAAUAAAAACAAUGGUACCAUUGAUUUUGUUACAUUUUUAGAAUAUCUUCCUUUAUUUGUUGAAUCACAUCAACACAUUAUAUAUAAUCCAUAUUUAAAUUAAAAUAUAUUCAAUAUAUAAAAA